AUGGUAAUGAAUGUACCACGCACGGGUGGGGCGGGGUCGCCUCCAGCUGCGGUGGUCCAAGGGGCUGAUGCUGAUGGAUCCGGCUUGACAGAACAAGGUUAUUCGCCAGGAGAGAGUCCGUCCAUUUUCUUCAUCCGCUUCAGUAGCAGCAGCUCCCCGCCCGUUCGCCGCUCGCGCCACGGAGCGCGUCUCACGGCAGAGGCGCAGGACGAGUCCAGGUUGCCGCGCCCAACAGAAUACGGGAUACGACCGACUCCUGCAGCUGGCUGGGAUGCAGAAGCAGAAACGCAAAUUAUGGUGAAAUAAUGUCGUUUGGAGGAAACAUCGUCUUUCUGGCACUUUGCUAAUACGAGGAACGCAAAGAAUAAAGGAGGAGGUUUUUAUUUGCCGCACAACACCGGAGUUGAUGGAACAGGAAAAGUCAUUUCCAUUGAUCUAAUUAACCUUUACUGAUCAUUCGCGUGUGAACUUUUACCUUGAUGUGAAUCUGGGAAAAUAGUGUGUGUUCUUUGCAAUGCACCACAUUAGAGUGUUUUUCUAACAUCUUCAGCACACUGAAGCAGUGAAGAUGCAGAUGCAGAUGCUGCUGCUUUUAAGAACGAUCUUUUUCAUUGCAGGAUGUCCACAUGUUUUGUUGCACGGAGAAAACCGUAAUGCACACACCAAAGAACCAGUCACUCUUAGGAGCCUUCGUGAUGCCAAACCCAGUGCCACACACCCUGCGAGGCAUCGAGCCGCAGGUACACCUGCCUUUAACAUCAAACAGACUUCAGAAGACAACAGCAACUUGACUUCACAUCUCUGGCUGCUUUUGGAGAGUGGAGGUAAGCGGUAUGGAUACAGACAUCUCUUGUUGAACAGAACACACACAGUCACGGAGAGUGGCACAAACCUGCAUAAGCGCUUACGACGACAUAAAAGGAAAAAGUUGAAUGCUGAGAUGCCUGCUACCAUGGGAACAGUAAGUGGACACAAUAACUUUAAGCCGUAUUCAACAAGCAAGCGAGGAAGAAACCACAGACGCAAAAGAGGCACAAAGGAACACCACAAGAAAGUGUUUAAGAGCUUGAAAAGGGGCCAGAAUAAAAGCGCUGUCCCAUUGACACCAGUCGAAACUUAUUAUAACGCCCUGACAUCCUCUUUAUCGAUGUGGGAACCAAUGCCUAAGCCUCUAGCUCUCACCUCCACAGAUUUCCCAUUCGACCUCACCAGAUAUGCUGAGUUCCACACCAAACAGAUAGACGACCCAUGGGACGCCACGCCAAUGACACCUCCAUACGCCGAGGAUGAGGAGAGCGAAUUCUUCCCCAAUCCUUUCUACCCUGUCACUAGCGAGACGUAUGGGGCGUAUGCAAUCACCAUUUUUGCCGUCCUCAUUUUUGCUGUUGGAAUAAUUGGGAACAUAGCAAUAAUGUGUGUGGUGUGUCAUAACUACUACAUGAGGAGCAUCUCAAAUGCUCUUCUGGCCAACCUGGCCAUUUGGGACUUUGCACUGCUCUUGUUUUGCCUGCCACUCGUGGUGUUUCACGAACUCACUAAGACCUGGCUGUUGGGCCAGUUCACCUGUAAAGUCAUACCCUAUAUUGAGGUGGCGUCUCUCGGCGUGACCACCUUCACCCUCUGUGCGCUCUGCAUUGACCGUUUCCGUGCCGCGACCAACGUCCAGAUGUACUACGAGAUGAUCGAGAACUGCACCUCCACCGCCGCCAAGCUGGCCGUCAUCUGGAUCGGCGCCUUACUCCUCGCCCUCCCCGAGCUCCUGAUCCGCCAGCUGGUGUCUGAAAACGGCGACGGCACGCUAGACGACCCGGCGUCUGAACGCUGCCUGAUUCGCAUCUCCACUUCCCUCCCCGACACGCUGUACGUCCUGGGCCUGACCUACGAAGGUGCUCGUCUCUGGUGGUGCUUCGGUUGCUACUUCUGCCUGCCGACACUCUUCACCAUCGGCAGCUCGGUGGCGACCGCCCGGCGCAUCCGUCGUGCCGAACGCGGCUGCGCCAGAGGCAACAAGAAGCAAAUCCAAUUGGAAAGCCAAAUGAACUGCACCGUGGUCGCACUGGCGAUCGUAUACGGGGCAUGCGUGGUUCCCGAUAAUGUGUGCAACAUGGUUUCGGCGUACAUGGCGGCCGGGGUCCCGCAGAGCACCAUGGCGCUGUUGCAUCUGCUCAGUCAGCUGCUGCUGUUCCUGCGCGCGGCCGUUACGCCGGUGCUGCUGCUGUGCCUCUGCAGACCCUUCGGCCGUGCCUUUCUGGAGUGUUGCUGCUGCUGUUGUGCAGACGCGUGUGGGAUCGCAGCCCACUCUUCGGCCACAGCCAGCGACGACAACGAGCACGAGUGCACGACAGAACUGGAGCUGUCGCCGUUCAGCACUAUACGCCGAGAGAUGUCCAACUAUACAGCUACUGGAUCCCACUGCUGAGUGAACGUGUGUGGAUUCCAGUGCCAACUGUACUGUACUGUACAAGCACAUGCUUUUGUCUUACUGUGUAAAUACUUUGACCACAACCGGUAUGUUGCUCUUAAAGAAGGUAAGGUAGACUGAAAAUUAUGUAAGUACUUUUUUUGUAUAAUUGUCCUUAAUAUAUAUAAUUAUAUAUAUAUAUAUAUAUACACACUGAACUAGUGACUGCUUUAAUUCUGCAGUUUUUUUGCACUGCCAAACACUUUAGCUUUCUCUCCAAUCUGUUUUCGCACUUUCAUCACGUCUACACUGGAGGCGAUCGACAUCGAGUCACCCCGCUUCAAACUGAGUCUGUCUACACUGGAAGCGUUGAUCAAAUUAAGAUGCUCACUAACCACAGACCAGUCGCGUGUAGG